CACAGAGGGCAGCCCUGUGGAUGGACUCAGAGCAGGCCAGAUGGAAAAAGAAAAGGCCAGUCAGGAGACGGAAGAAAGUCUGAUACUAGCACAACUCAGCGCCGCCACUCAACCAGACAACCUGAUCACCGCCAAGCUCCAAAAUGGCACCCAGUCGCCGGAAGGAGCCCAUCAGCAGAUCAACGGGGAUGGAAACUGGAACCUUUACAACAAGGCCGUGGCAGGGGUCAUCAACCCAAUGAAGAGACACAGGGAGAACUGCAGCAGUCCUGCCGGAGUGCAGGGACUGUUCGACCAAGGCUCUUAUAACAUGAUCAAUGGCGGGGAUCUGAAGCAUGCGCUCUGUGACCAGUCCUUACUGGGCCGUCACCAGGCCAAGAAACUCAGAUCGGAUUUGGAGAUUAAUGGAGGGGAUGGAGAGGAGAUGUGGGACAAAAAGGAUGGUGGGGAGUUUGACUGCGAUGGGACAAGACUGGAUAAGAGAAACUGUAAUACUUUCUCAAAUGGAGGGGAUAUUUUCUCACUAUCGAGGAACAAGCAAAUAGCUAACGGUGCUACAGUGAGCCCCAAUUCCAUUGAAGGCACACCUGGUGACCUUCUAGAGAAAACUCUGUCUCAGUAUUACCCAGAACAAGUGUCCAUCGCAGCACAGACGGGCGUGCAGGAGUUUCAACCGGAGGUGGGGUUGGUCGACGACAUUAGCUCACUCACCAACGAACUCCCUGAACUGCCCGAACAUGCCACGACGCAGUCACCUACCUCUCUUACCUCAGGGUUCCCUCCCAUUUCAGCCCAGAUGCCUGCCUCUGAGAAACAGCAGCAGACUGGGGUAGCAGACUCUAAAGGGCAAGGCAGCAAUGGAUAUAACAACUCAGACGCCCCGUAUAUGGUGAAUGGGUAUUCUAACAGUUACAGAGGAGAGCACCCGCAACAGCAGCCCGCUGACGGCUCGCAACAUCAGAACAACACAGAGGGCAUUUACAGGAAACCUAACCAGGAGUUUAACCAUCAGAACUCUUUCCCAAGCCCUCUAGAGCAGAGCACUCCGCUGCAGACAAAAGAGGCCAUUGGGUUCAGCCCCGGCCCUUUCCCCAGCCCAGGCAUGGGGCAGAGUGAGGGGAGGCGCCGGCAGCAACAGUAUGGGAUGCAGCAACAGCAGACAGGAAACCCCUGUGGAGCUGACUCUAUGGGCCCCCAGGGCUCCAUGGGCCCAGCUUCCCUGCCCACCGGCAGCGAGCCUGGAUCCCAACGCUCCCAUCAAAACGGGACGAUGAAAGACACAACCCAGCAGCAGCAGAGAGGAGGAGCGGAUCCCGGUUGCCCUAAUUCCCAGAUGGGCUGGAUAGAUCUAAACUCCCGGGGUCAGAUGCUGGAGCCCGACUCAGCACGGAGGUUCCAGACGGGGGGACAAAGCUUCGAUGUAGGACCCACCGGAGGAGCCUACCAGCAACAGCAGCCGCGGCCGGCCCAGUCGCCUCACCAGGUGUCUCCUGCCCAACACAACACUGCCCCAGAGUGGCAGCAGCAGGCCGACUCUAAAGGCCCAUCUCACAUGCACCAACAACAGUGUAAUCUUCCUCCUCAACAGCAGCCACAUACACAACACAUGCACCAGCAGCAGUGUAAUCUUCCUCCUCCUCAACAGCAGCAGCAAGGGGAGAAUUGUUUUCGAGCCCCCAUGCAGCCAGAGCACUUAUGCGAAGGCGACCCAGAUCUAGAGGAAAUACUAUCACCUAGCUUUUUGCAGCCGCCACAACGUCCACAACAUCAACAGCAGCAGCAGCGCCCGCUGUCCCAUCCAUCUCAGUACGAUGGACAGCAGUCGGUCAACACACCCCAGUCACAGGACCCCAACCAGGGCACGAUGGACAGUCAACAGCUGCUGAAAAAACUCAAGCUGGAGGACUACAUCAGGCUAGAGAAGAAGCUGAAAUCCCCUGGUGGAGGCUACAGAGGUCAGGGUGGUCAACCCCAACCUGGGCACCAGCAGCAGAUACAGUCUAUGAUGAGAAACAACCCUGGGUACAAUCCUGUAGACCCCUCUCAGCCCAACGACGCACAGCAGUCCCAGCAGGCAUCAUGGAGACACAGCAGCAGUAAUACCAUGGAGAUGGAGAUGGAGCUGGAGAUGAAGCAGCAACAACAACAGCAACAACAGCAGAGGCAGUACACUCCAAGCCCCGGACUCAAGCAAUACUCCCACCAGCAGCAGCCGCCGCCCCACCUCCGACAACCACACCCCAACCACAUGGACCUCCCCCUUACCCAGACCCCCCCACAACCCCUACCUCACUUACCACACGGUGCUUUAAACCAACAGGUGUCUGCACAGCAACAGCAGAUGUAUCCUAAAAUGGAGCAGAAUCAGCAGGAGUCUUGCGCCCAGUUCCAGAGGGGGGGACCUCCACCCCUGGGACACGGGGGCCCCCAGGGGGACUUCCAGAGGCACGCGGCCCUGCGGAUGCAUCUUCUACAGAGGCAGUCUGAGCGGGAGUCUCUGGGUCCCCCUCAUCCACAGACCCCUGUAGAUUUCAAGCACGGCGUCCGGCCCAUCAAGAUGGUGAAUGGGCCGCGGUUCGAACACCCUCACCACCAAGGGCCUGGACCACCACCCUUGAUGCAGCAUCAACAGCAGGGCCGGGAGAUGGGUAUGGUAGCGGGUGGCAUCCAGGUCAAGCAAGAGUACAAUCCACAACCCCAGACGUCGUGCUGCGGUGAGCGGAGCCAGAGCAGCUCCCAGCGGAGCAUCCUAGCCACCAUGGAGCAGACUCUCAGACAGUAUCAGCUUUCGCCAGUCUUCGACAGGAAGUCCCUCGUCAUCAGGUCACCGAACAAGGUCAAGGUGGAGCAGUCUGGCGCUGUGACGGUGCUCUCGACCCACGCGGACCUGGACGGUGGGUCAGGUGGGAUGGAGGACAUGGGGAUGGGGCGCCCUGGCUCCAAUGGGUUGAAAAGACCCCACCUAGACUUCACCCCCAAGCAGGAACCCCUGCUCCAGAGUUUUAUGAAUUCCCCCAUGAAACUCUUGGAUACUCCCAUUAAAAACCUAUUGGAUACUCCUAUCAAGACCCAGUACGAUAUCCCUUCCUGCCACUGCAUGGAGUCCAUCAGUGAGAAGGACGAAGGGCCGUAUUACACUCACCUGGGCUCCGCUCCGAAUAUCAAGGCCAUCCGUGACAUCAUGGAGACAAGGUCUGGGCUAACUGGCAGCGCCAUCAGGAUUGAAAAGGUGGUGUACACAGGCAAAGAAGGGAAGAGUACACAGGGAUGCCCCAUUGCUAAAUGGGUGAUCCGGCGUGGCAGCGUGGACGAGAAGCUCCUGGUGCUGGUGCGUGAGCGGGAGCGCCACAGGUGUGAGGCGGCAUGCAUCGUGGUGAUCAUCCUGAUCUGGGACGGCAUCCCCACCACCAUGGCAGACCAGCUCUACAUGGAGCUCAGCGACACUCUGACGAGACACGGAGCCCUCACCCAGCGACGAUGUGCCAUCAACGAGGAGAGGACGUGUGCGUGCCAGGGGCUGGACCCAGAGGCCUGUGGCGCUUCCUUCUCCUUCGGCUGUUCCUGGAGCAUGUACUACAACGGCUGCAAGUUUGCAAGGAGCAAAAUCCCACGCAAAUUCAAGCUAACUGGGGACGACCCGAAAGAGGAAGAAAGGCUGGAGCAAAACCUUCAGAAUCUGGCAACCCUAAUGGCCCCCACAUACAAAACCCUGGCACCAGAUGCCUAUCAAAACCAGGUGGAACAUGAGCAAAGGGCGCCAGACUGCCGCCUGGGAAAGGGGGAGGGGCGACCGUUCUCCGGGGUUACCGCCUGUAUGGACUUCUGCGCUCACGCUCACAGAGACCUCCACAACAUGCAGGGGGGCAGCACUGUGGUGUGCACGCUAACCAAGGAGGACAACCGCCAGAUCGGGAAGAUUCCAGAGGACGAGCAGCUCCAUGUGCUGCCCCUUUACAAGGCCUCGCCAACGGAUGAAUUUGGCAGUGCAGAGGGCCAACAGGAGAAGAUCAAGACGGGCGCCAUCCAGGUGCUCAAUGCCUUCCGCCGCCAGAUCCGCAUGCUCUCCGAGCCCGCCAAGUCCUGCCGGCAGAAGAAGCUGGACGCCAAGCGGGCUGCCGCAAGCAAGAAUGCCGGGGGACCGGACACGCCUUCGAAGGCAGAGAAAGCCCUACAGGCCAAGCUGAAAUCUAGUAGCACUUAUGAGAGCAUAGCUCAGAGCACUCCUGGGACAGGUCCAAAUCCAGGCGCCAUGGGAACGACCCCCCAGCCACCAGGUCAGCCGCCAGGUCACCCCCUCGGCGCCCACCUCCAGCAACUCCAGCACCAGAAUGCCCUUCACGCCUUCCCUGGAUCCCCCCAUCCAGCCAGCCCCUACGCCGGCUUCCCCAACCACCCCGGCCCUUUUCAAAGCACUUCCAAGCCAGGUAGCAUGUACCCCCAGCCACCAGCCUCAGCAAGCCCUUACCCCUCCCCUUUGCACAUACCCAACUCUUACAUGAAUGGGUCGAAUCCACCGAGCUCUUAUCCCAGCCCCAUGACUCCAGGUAGUCCCUACCCGGGUUACCAGUGUAACGGAGGUUCGCCCUUAGACAACUACCACCCUUACUACACCUCGAACCCAAAGCACCUGGACAUGUACCGGCAACAGAGGCCAGGAGCGCUUUACUCCGACAUGCAGCAGCAGUAUGGUGCGCACCAACGCUAUGGGGUCAACUACCCUCCUCAGUAUGGUGAGCCCGGUUUACAGAUCAAUGGUUACAGCAACUGUAGCAGCAUGAGGUCCGGCAUCCACCCCAUGAGCCCCUACGGUCCCCCCUCGUACGGUCCCAGCGGUGCCCCCGAUGCCCAAUAUCUGGAUGCGCUCUCCAGGCCGCCCUCAGCCCACCACCCAGGGCUGGACUAUGCAGCAGCAGUAAGCAAAGGCAAUCAGUUUGGUGGGUACCCCAAUCCCUACCUCUCCCAGAGCACCAAAAUGUUCCCCCCGGGCGGCCCCCAGGACCCUUUCUGUAUGCAAGUCAAGACCGAGAUGGGUCUCCAAAGCCCGUGCAUGACACCCACGCAACCAGGGUUCCCAGGGCUCCCCAACGAACACCUCCACGGGGGUUCCCCCAUGAUCAAGCAGGAGCCCAGGUCGGGUCCGCCAACGCCCACCACACCCAAGGAGAAGCCUGCCAUGUGGUCCGACAACGAGCACAACUUCCUGGAUCCGGAGAUCGGCGGGGUGGCUGUGGCGCCCAGCCAUGGCUCCAUCCUCAUCGAGUGUGCCAAGCGGGAGAUGCAUGCCACCACGCCGCUAAAAAACCCCAAACGCAACCACCCCGCUCGCAUCUCCCUGGUGUUUUACCAGCACAAGAACAUGAACGAGGCGAAGCACGGCCUGGCGCUGUGGGAGGCCAAGAUGGCCGAGAAGCAACGGGAGAAGGAUGAGGACGCCGAGAGGAACGGGGUCGAGGGCGCCACAGUGACGCCCAGCAAGAGCACUAAGAAGGGAGCGAAGAGGGAGCACCCGGAGCUGUCAGAGCAGCAAGGGGAGCCACCGUACAAGCGCUUCAUCCAGACCCUCAUGGAGAGGUCCAUGUCGUGCACCACAAACACCUACGUCAACACGUCGCCCUACGCUUUUACCAAGGUCACAGGGCCGUACAGCCGCUUCAUCUAGACAAGAGAUAUUCAUACUGUUCUGUAGGGUUCACUCACGAGGAAUAACACUGAGAAUUAAAACUCACGGUGCUAUACUGACGGUGCUAUCUUUAAAACCUCAAGCUGAAGCACCACUAGCCUCAAAACACAGAGCAUCCUCUCUCUCCUGACUGCAAGUAACAGUGUCAGAAGAACACAGCGUGGGGGGAGAAGGAACUUGAUCAAUUGGAAGUCGUACCACGUUAUAGAGUACAUCAGGUUUGUCACCUCUUGAAAGUUCGGACCUUACCGAUUGGUUGGUUGACCCCCCUCUACUAAGGAAGUAUUUAUUAUCUGGUUACUUUUACAAGAUACACACUGUUAACGUUUCUCGGGUGCUUUGCAGGUCCAAUACAUCAGGACUUCUAUAUUUACUGGAAACAAUGUUUCUUUUUGGUGGCUUUAAUUUUCUAAUUAAGCGUUUAAACAUUAUUUUUUUAAUAUAUAUAAUCUUGACAUACUGUAAAAAACACUGAACUUUGUGGACACACCACAAUAACGGUGCUAAAAGUGGAGCGUGUCUUUAUUAUACAGUUUUGUUCAAAUGUCUUCAUGUUUGAACCAAAUCAGUUUGCAUAGAUAAACGCGUUUCUCCAGAUGAUUUGUGUGAAAAUGGAUGAAACUGAAAAUACUGUACAAAAUCGACAAAAUAUCAGCAAAAAAAAGCACUUUUGAUAUUGAAGGUAAAAUAUUUUGAUAAUACCUUCAGAUCAGAUCAUUGGUGUAAAAACGUCUACAGUUACAACAAAGGAAUUAUUUUCAAGACAUGAAAUUGAUAGAUUUAUCACAAAAACUUGAUUUAAAUUACUGUAGCCUACCUGUAUAACAGUAGGAAUAUCAUGCCAAUCAAAUUUUUACAUUUUACUUUCUGGUGCUUUCAGUUUCACAAUUGUUAUCAUGUCCUUUACAUUGUAAAUGGAGCCAUUCUAAAAGGGUGCAUUUUUAGACGGUAAUGUUUCAACAACAAAAAAUGUGAUUCUCGCAUAUUCUCUCAAGGGUUAUUUACUUUGUCAGCAACUGUUUCAGAGUUCUUGACCACAGGUUCACAGAAAAAAACCUGAAUUGUGCAUAUAUUACGUGUUGUCAUGCGACUGUUGUGUUUUGUGAACAUGUUCCUUACCUUCCUUUGGUGUAGGACAUGAAACAGGGUCAGCUCAAAUGUCAGUUUCACGGUUUCGAAGGCAGCUGGCUUGCUGUGGUUGAUCUUUAAAUAAUUGUAAUCUAGUUGUAUGAUAAAAUAUUAGAUUUGUACAGUAAAUUAAUUACUCUUUUUUUUAACGCUUUAGGAUUUGAGUGUUGUAAAGAAAAAGUUAUAUUUCUUUGGGUUUGUACUGAUUUUAAUGACAUAUGGUGCUACUCAACCUGCUAUGCGAACACAUCAUGUGAGACUCUAGGGGCGUUGAGAAGGCAAAUGAAUGAUGUACAGUUAAAGUACCUACUUGCCAUAUACCUCAGAACUAGUUUGGCAAUAUUACAGGAGCAUGACACAAAGGCAUUUCUUUCUCCUUCCUUUGUUGUCACUUUCAAAAAAAAGUUAACUACAAUAACAGACUUCAGGCCACCACCAAGGCGGAGUUCAUUGCUUACUGCUUUCUUCAUGCUCGAUCUACUAGGAAGAAUUACUUGAACUUUAAGCUUUGAUAUAAUAGCAAAAUCAGGGAUAUUUCAACUCAUUUCUGUACAUUCAUCUAGUUUUCCUCUCAUUCAGCGAUUUGCCUCCAUCUUGAAUCCCAAUGAAUUACUUAAGAGUACCAAAGGUUUGGACACACCUACUCAUUCAAAGGUUUUCUUUAUUUUUACUAUAUUCUACAUUGUAGAAUAGUAAAGACAUCAAAAUGAUUGAAUAACACAUAUGGAAUCAUGUAACAACCAAAAAAAAG